GCACAGGCAGUCAGCCGCCUGCUUGAAUGGACGCUACAUGGCGGAGCUAGGCGGCGAGCAGACGCGGUCCAUCCGGUCCUGUUUCCCAGCAUUGUAAAAGUUCUGUGUCUUUUAGCUCUAUGUCUCCGGGUUCAGAGUUGAAAGGGACAGUUUAACUUUAACGCUACAAGGGUGGAAACUGCUGUGUGAAAUGAUCCGCGAGUGAGGAACUCGAGAUGAGCCGACGCACAACAGACGCCCAGGGGUCGGUGCAGGAGUGUGUCCCCUCCCCGCUGCUGCAGCUGCCUGCGGAUCAUGUGCUCAGCUCUGGAGCUGUGUUGUUCCCCGGUGCUUUUGAUCAACAUGGCUGCCCCUUGGUCGUGUUCCCGGUGGACGGACAAGCCAAACUCUCCUCAGAACUCAGCAAAGCAGAAGUGGUGGACUUCAUAAAUUACUUUCUGUGUCUGCACAAUAAGAAGCAGGAGAAGGAGAGCUUGGUGACGGCGGUGGCUGACCUGAGGCAGGCCUCGCUCCCUACGAUCAGGUUCAUCGCUGAGACUCUGCUUCUGCUCGAGCUGGACAAGCGGACAGUCCACAGUGUUUACAUAAUCCAGCCCAAAAAGAAGGAUGGUGUCAAGCUUCUGCUGAAGCUCCUAACUCCAGCGAAGUCUCACGCUGCCUCGUUCAAGAAAGUCCUCUUGAAAGAAGUUUCAGAGCUCUCCAACUACAUCGACCGCAGCCAGCUGAUGGCGUCGCUGGGCGGUUACCUCAUUUACUGUCACCAGAGCUGGGUCGCCUUCAUUAAGGAGAUCGAUGCGUUUGUGCAGGAGUUCCUGUCCGUGGUCCAGCGGCUGCCCUCAUCCAUCUCCACCCUGCAGGCUCUGUCCAGGCUGCCGCUGCCCACCACCUUCGAAGAGCUCCAGCGCUUCUGCUCCACCAACGAGGCCAAGUUCCAGCAGCUCAGGAGGGAGCUGGGGCUGGAUGAGCUGCUGAGGCACUGUGAGAGUGUGGUGGAGAAGCUGCGUUACCCUGAGAAGGAGCCCUGCUACCAGGCGAUGGCGGGCACCGCCCUCUUCACCCACACCACCUUCGAUAUGCUCCAGAACCACAGCAGAAUAACUGCAGCUGUGGAGAAAGUGGAGCUGCUGUGGCAGCAGACCUUUUCUCAGGCCCGUCUGCAGCUGCAGGUGUUCCAGCUGCGAGAAGAUGCACUGCAGAUCACAGACCAGAUCGAAGCCUUUCUUCAAGAGAAGCUCCAGCCGUACAAAAUAGAGAUCGCCAAGGACGCUGCAAAGGCGCAGAUGCUGGUGUCUCACUUUGAGGCGUCCAUUCACACUCCUGCCGUGGCUCUUGUUCGCUGUGCUGAGGACGUGAUCCACACGUUAGCAGAGAUCCUGCGGGUUGACAGUCAGAUCAGGGAGCACUGGGUUCCUGAUCUGGAGAGACUGAAGGAGAAACUCCACUCUGCGGUGCACUUCAUUCUCCAAACCCUCAGAGCAGUGUCCAACUACCAUCGCUACUUCAACAAGGCUAACACCUGGUACAGCCUGGUUCUCUGUGAGAACUUCCUCCAGGAGCUGCUGUCGGGUGUUCACGCAGACGGUGUCCCCCCACAGCAGCAGAGGAGGAAGUGGGGGACGAUCCCCGCGUGGAGGCACAAACUCUCCACUUUCCUAAAGAAGAAUCCCCCGCCAGAUAUGGAGGAGCUGCUUCAUCUGGCUCAUCUGUCUAAAGUCGUCCCAGAUGAUGUGAUCCAGAAGGAGGGACAGCAGAUGUCUCAGCGGUGCAUGACCCUGAGGAAACUUCUGAUCUCUUCGGGCCCCGUGGCUGUGGGUCACCUUCAGCUGGCUUUACAGUGGCAGUAUGAGCUGUUGCGGAGCGGUCGUGUCGAUCAGUCCUCUGCCGACGGUGCUGCACACAGAACCACCACGGAUGUUCAAGACAGCCCUUCAGAGUCCAACCUGACUAAAUGUGAAAGUGGUAAGGAAGCGGUACCUGUUCUUGGAACGUCUCCUUCUGCUGCAGUUCCUGGGAUGGUGUCCGCUGAGGGAAAACCCCCCUCUCUCAGCUCAUUCGACUCGGGCUUUGAUGGAGCUGGGAGCAGCCAGCUGGAGGCCUGGGGAGGGAGGGAAGGCGUGGAAGGUCUGUCUAGAUUACCUGCGCCCAGGGACUCUGUGAGACCUGCCACGACUCAUCCUCAAAUCCACGAAGAGAAUAUCUCCAGUGUUUCCGAUCCCGAGGAUCACAGGGAGGAGUUUGACCUUGGCUCUGUGGGGGAGUCCUCCAGAGCCAGCAUCCAGAUCAUCCCUAAAGUAACCAAGGAUUCCCUCAACUUUGAGAUCAAAGUGAAGCGCUCAGCCGCGCUGCCUAAUAAUCCUUGGCUCAGCUUGCCGGUAGACGAUCUGGAAAACUCGUACACUGUCACCAUCACGCGCAGUCCCACGCCACAGAGGACAGAUCUGCAAUUCAACAGUCCCUCAGACACCAACGCCAACCACUCCAGCAGGUCUCGAGGUCAGCCCACAAAGGCCGAGGUGUCGAGCAGCGUUCAGCCCAGUGGGCCACACAGCAGUGACUGGAUACCACAUUCACAAAGCAGCUUUGAGGAUCCUGAGUUAAGUCCCAUCCGCAACAUACUCUCCAGCACUAUUACAGACGGAAGAGACGUGUCCAGCUGCACCACGGAGGGGAUUCCUACUCUGCUCUGGGAUUCUUAUGACCUCCAUGACCAGACUCGGGAAGCUGUGGAUGGUUUGAUUGGUAUCUCCCAAAAGGACUGGGAUGAGAAGGAGCAGGAGGGUUUGAGGGAGGUGGAGAAGAUGCUAGGCAGAACUGAUGAAAUACUGGAGGAAGAAGAAAACGUCCUGGCUCAGGAGGCUGUGCUGGACGCCCUGCUGAGGUCAGAGGACAGGCACAAUCAGUGGCCACCGUGGGACAGUGAGCAUGGAGUGAUGUCAUCCAGUGAGUUGGCUGAAGCUGGUGUUCUUGGCCUUGAAGACAACCUUGACCCUUCAGAAUACGACAACCUCAGUGAACCCAGAUCAACUGGAUCUGCAAGUGAAACUAAGGCUUCUGAAGAUGACGGGCCCUGCACUGAAGCUGCAACAGAAGGAGAGACCGCAGCAGUUCAUCACAGCAGACCGGACCUGCUGACCGAGCUAAGGACGGUCCACAUUCUGGACGAGCUGAUCAUGGAGGAGAAACUGAAGAUCCAUGAGCUCCGGCAGUGUGAAGAAGUCCCCGACAAAGAACUCUCUGGGAACAAACCUUCAGACGCAAACAGAUCAUCAAGUACGGGCAAAGAGAGGGAGGCUUUCAGGCUACAGCUGGAAAAGGAGAAAAGGGAGGUGGAGAACCUUGAGAAGAGUUUGGACAAAGCUCUUAAAGUGAAGAAGCACAAGGACGGAGCUCGAAAGGUUGUGACGUGUUCCAUAAUGGACAAGGCUAGAAUGGAGAGUGAGGAGGACCGAGCUCUGUGUGAAGAGCUUUUAUCAGAGGGCUGUAACAGACCUCAGAGAACACGUUCCCCUUCUUUGGACCAGAAUGAGGAUACAUGUAAGACUGAAAAUAUUCAAGCAGAUCUGGUCCCUGGUGUUCCUGAAGAGGCUCCACCACAUGACAGCGAGCCUCAGUGUCCAGAGCUGACUUACUCUGAGGCUGAUCCAUCUGGAUGUAAUAGAAGUACCUUCAAUAAUAUCUCUGAUUUGAGGCAACCUGCUGAAGAGUCGGGAAUCCGACCUCAGGAAUGUGUUUAUGGGGAAGAAUUAGACAGAUCUGGGGAAAAUGCUAACAUAUGCAAACCAGAAGCUUCUUUAACCCCUGGAAUGAGGCUGGAUGAUCAAGUAUUUGACUCGGGAGGAAACUCACUCCUUCCUCCUGUGCCAAUGCCAAGAAAAGCUUCACUUCCUGUGAACGACAACAACCUUACAGAACACGAAAGUCCUCAUUCCACAGAGCGGCUGAAUUCAGCUCCGUCGUUAUUAGGUCAAGAUCCUGGUUUUGUGCAACUUGAAGAUGAAUCGCUUGAAGCGGCGCCAGAGAAUGUGACUCCAGCCGUCAGUCACAACCUUCUCAAUCCCCACGUAAAGGAACACAGCAGCAGCAAUAACAACAACAAUAACAACCCAGAGAAAUGCAGGCUGUCAUCAGACCAGUCAUCUGAUGCAACCUUUAAAACUGAAGAGGAUGGAUCAGGGGAACCUGCAUGUUUACUACACACAGAUUCACACCCAGCAGAGGAAAUCCAGACUUUAUCUCCUGCACAUGAGUUAGCACCUCAGCUGGCUCCUGACCAGCCUCUGGAGUUUGACCCUGGUAGAGGAGAUGAGCUGAAUGAAGACUUGCCUGAUGGACCCCUGAGCUCUGAGGUCUUGAGGAUAUCUGGCUCCAGGUCACCUGGGAUUCAGGCCCAGCUCAACAUCAACACCACAGAGAUGAUGGAUUUUAAGACACCCAUAGUAUUGGACACUGGGUCUGGUUUGAUGAAAGCAGGAUUUUCAGAUCAGGACUAUCCAAACAUUAUAUUCCCAACAAUAAUUGGAAUGCCAAAAUAUGAGGAAAUCAUGAAUGGUAACCUUGAAAGAGAGACCUACAUCGGACAUGAGGCUCAACACAUGAGAGGGGUCCUGGCUCUGAAGCAUCCCAUAAAGAACGGGAUCGUUCGGAACUGGGAUGAAAUGGAAAAGAUUUGGCAUCACACGUUCCAGCAGCUGGGUGUGGAUCCAGAGGAUCACCCUGUUCUGCUGACGGAGGCAGCCAUGAACCCCACAGCCAACCGGCAGCGCAUGGUGGAGAUCAUGUUCGAGUGUUUCAGCGUUCCCCUCACCUACGUGGCCAUGCAGGCAGUGCUGGCACUUUACGCUGCAGGCAGAUCCACUGGAGUGGUGUUUGACUCUGGAGAUGGAGUGAGCCACAGUGUGCCUGUAUUUGAGGGAUACUCUCUGCCUCACGCAGUGCAGCGCUUCCCUCUGGCUGGUGUGGAUGUUACAAUGCAGCUUAAAAAGCUUCUGCAGGAACAGGGGGUGAGCAUGCGCACCACAGCGGAGAUGGAGAUAGUGAGGGAGAUGAAGGAGAAGUGCUGCUGUGUGGCUCUCAACUACGAGGCCGAGCUCACUCAGGGGGGAGCUCCCUGCAGGGAGAUGCAUUACACCAUGCCAGACGGGCAGAUGGUCACCCUCACCACAGAGCGCUUCAGGGCCCCUGAGAUUCUGUUUAAGCCGGAGCUGAUUGGACAUGAACAUUACGGGAUGCACGAGAGCGUUUUCAAGUCAGUCCUCAGCUCGGACAUCGACCUGCGGCGCUGCUUACUGGGAAACAUUGUACUGUCAGGAGGGAACACUCUGCUGCCUGGCCUUCCUGAGCGGCUCCAGGCUGAAAUCAAAGGCCUGGCACCAGCUGACACGGGGGAGGCUGUUCGCGUCACCAGCCCCAAAGACAGAGACUUCUCAGUGUGGAGCGGAGGAGCAGUGCUGGCCAACCUGCCCACCUUCAGCUCCGCGUGGAUCAGGCGGGAAGAAUACGAGGAGUUCGGCCCUCAAAUCGUCUUCAGGAAGUGUUUCUGAGACAGACCGCUGUAAAGUCUGUGUAACGUACCACUUAAAUGAAUUGAAACCAAGUGCAAUAUACACAUAUCUCUCAUGCAGUGCCAUGGGUUUGUCUGAGCCAUUUGAACCUCUUUUAUGUGUCUCAUGUAUGGAGUCAGUUUUACCCUUGUCAUCAGUGUGGAUCUUGACCUGUGUGCUCAGAUUUGACUCCAGCGGGUCCCUGUUCACCUGCUGCUUGCUUUAUGCCUUAAUCUGUUGAGAUCCACCUAUAUGGCAAGGGUGAAACUGACCUUAUCGCACCUCAAGAACCUUUUAACUGUCUUAACUUUCCCAUUCUGGGGAAUGUAUUUCUGUGUCCUGAGAAUUGAGAGUGUAAAUAUUAUUGUCUGUGGUUAAGGGACUAGAAUUGAAGCUGGCCUUUGAUUAACCGAUGUCUGCCCACUUUGUUUUCAGAGUGAGCAGUCGAGGGACACGUGGAGGAAACUCACUGUGCUGACUCCAAAUUUAAAUAUUCAUCUAAUAUCAAAUAACUGUAUUUAUACAACAAUUUAAAGUAAAUUUGGUAUAAGAAAUGAGAUUUUUAUGUGUUAGACAUGGUGAAAGUUGCGUUCAUUUUUAAACGUCCAACUGGAUUUUUUUUUUUUUAUUAUAACAGCACUGACUGAUCUUAAUGACGGGGCAUUAAGGACACUGUUCAGGAAAAAAAAAGAGCGUCAUUUUAGGACU